CCAGUCCACCCUCCCACCCACACGGCUCCCAUCCACAGAGCUGCUGCUGAGACCCGGGUGAGAGCCACAGCGCGUCCAGCCUCGUCCAGCUCCUCCGCGGGACACGAGUUUCAGCACGAAGCCGAGCGGGGAACAGGGCUUCUCUUUUUUUUUUGGUUAUUACCAGGGAGCCGCUCCGGACCUGGAGGAUCGACCCGGGACUCUGAGUGGAUUUAGGACCAAAAACACGACAACAAGGGAGCAACUCGUGCAGAGAUAAAAGAGGGGGGGAAACCGGCAGCCAACAUGGAGGUGAAGACGUCACUUCUGGACAACAUGAUCGGGGUGGGCGACAUGGUCCUCCUCGAGCCCCUGUCCGAAGACUCCUUCAUCGAGAACCUGAAGAACCGCUUUGAGCACAGUGAGAUCUACACCUACAUUGGCAGUGUGGUGAUCUCCAUGAACCCCUACAGGAACCUGCCCAUCUUCACACCUGAGAAAGUGGAGGAGUAUCGCAACAGAAACUUCUACGAACUCAGUCCACACAUCUAUGCUUUGGCAGAUGAGGCCUACCGGUCACUGAGGGACCAGGACAAGGACCAGUGCAUCCUCAUCACUGGGGAGAGUGGGGCGGGGAAAACCGAGGCCAGUAAGCUGGUGAUGUCAUAUGUGGCAGCGGUGUGUGGGAAGGGCCAGGAGGUGAACAAGGUCAAGGAACAGCUGCUGCAGUCCAAUCCCGUGCUGGAGGCUUUUGGAAAUGCCAAAACAGUGAGGAAUGAUAACUCAUCCAGAUUUGGGAAGUACAUGGACAUCGAGUUUGACUUCAAGGGAGAUCCUCUGGGUGGAGUCAUCAGCAACUAUCUGCUGGAGAAGUCCCGUGUGGUGAAACAGCCACGAGGAGAGAGGAACUUCCACGUCUUCUACCAGCUUCUGUCUGGAGCCUCUGACGAAUCACUCAAGAAGCUGAAGCUGCACCGGGACUUCAGCAAGUACAACUACCUGAGUCUGGACUCGGCCGCGGUCAACGGGCUGGACGAUGCAGCCAACUUCCGGACAGUCAGAAAUGCCAUGCAGAUCGUGGGGUUCAUGGAGGACGAGGUGCAGUCGGUGCUGGAGCUGGUGGCGGCCGUGCUGAAGCUCGGGAACAUCGAGUUCAAGCCGGACUCGCGCAGCAACGGCUCCGACGAGAGCCGCAUCAAAGACAAGAACGAUUUGAAGGAGAUGUGCGAGCUGCUGGGGAUCGAACAGUCGGUGCUCGAGAGGGCGUUCAGCUACCGUACGGUCGAAGCUAAGAGUGAGAAAGUGUCCACCACCCUGAACGUGGCCCAGGCCUACUACGCCAGAGACGCCCUUGCCAAAAACCUCUACAGCCGUCUAUUCAGUUGGCUCGUUACUAGGAUCAAUGAAAGCAUUAAAGCACAAGGUAAAACUCGACACAAGGUCAUGGGUGUGCUGGACAUCUAUGGCUUUGAGAUAUUUGAGGAAAACAGCUUUGAGCAGUUCAUCAUCAACUACUGCAACGAGAAGCUGCAGCAGAUCUUCAUCGAGCUGACCCUGCGUGAGGAGCAGGAGGAGUACAUCAGAGAGGGCAUCGAGUGGACCAAUAUCGAGUAUUUCAACAACGCAGUUAUCUGCAACCUCAUUGAGAAUAACAAAAACGGCAUCUUGGCCAUGUUGGACGAGGAGUGCCUGAGGCCGGGGACGGUCACCGACGAGACCUUCCUGGACAAACUGAGCACAGUCUGUGCCGAGCACCAACACUUUGAGAGUCGUCUCAGCAAGAAUUCAAAGUUUCUCACGGACCACAGCCUGCCUCACAAUUGUUUCCGGAUCCAGCACUAUGCCGGCAAGGUGCUGUACCGGGCCGAGGGAUUUGUGGACAAGAACAACGACCUGUUGUACCGAGACCUCUCGCAGGCCAUGUACAAGGCCAACCACAGCCUCAUCAAACAGCUGUUCCCUGAGGGCAACCCGGCCAAAGUCAACCUGAAGAGACCCCCGACCGCUGGGUUCCAGUUCAAAGCGUCCGUGGGCACGCUGAUGAGGAACCUGCAGACCAAAAACCCAAACUACAUCCGGUGCAUCAAGCCCAACGACAAGAAAGCCUCCCACAUCUUCACCGACUCCCUGGUGCGCCAUCAGGUGCGCUACCUGGGCCUGAUGGAGAACGUCCGGGUCAGGAGGGCGGGCUACGCCUUCCGCCAGCCCUACGAGCCCUGCCUGGAGCGCUACAAGAUGCUCUGCAAGCGCACCUGGCCCCACUGGCAAGGGCCCGCCAGGGAAGGAGUGGAGGUGAUGAUGAGCGCCCUCCCGGUUCCAGCAGAAGAGUUCUCGUACGGCCGCUCCAAGAUCUUCAUCAGGAACCCAAGAACGCUCUUCUUCUUGGAGGAGAGGAGGAGGCAAUGCCUGCAGGACCUGGCCACGCUCAUCCAGAAGAUCUACCGUGGCUGGAAGUGCCGCAGCCACUUCCUGCUGCUGAAGAAGAGUCAGAUAGUGGUGUCAGCCUGGUACCGCCGAUACGCGCAACAAAAGAAAUACAAGAAGAUCAAGAGCGCCACCACCGUGGUGCAGUCCUACACCCGAGGAUGGCAGGCCCGCAAACUCCUGAGAGAGCUGAAGCAUCAGAAGAGAUGCGUACAGGCGGUCACCACCAUCUCAGCGUUCUGGCACGGCACCCAGGCUCGCAGGGAGCUGAGGCGACUGAAGGAAGAGGCCCGGCGUAAGCACGCUGUCGCUGUGAUCUGGGCGUACUGGCAGGGACUCAAGAUCCGCAGAGAAUACAGAAAGUUCUUCAGGGCGAACGCAGGCAGGAAGAUCUACGACUUCACCAUCCAGAGGAUUAUGCAAAAGUACUUCCUGGGUCUGAAGAGCACCUUGCCCUCCAUGUCGCCCGUAGACAAGAACUGGCCUGCAAGACCCUAUCUCUUCCUGGGUGGAGUCCACUCAGAGCUCCGGAGGAUCUUCCAUCUUUGGAGGUGCAAGAAAUACAGGAGCAAGUUCACAGAGGAGAAGAAGGCAGUGUAUGAAGAGAAGCUGGAGGCGAGUGAGAUCUUCAAGGAUAAAAAGGCUCUCUACCCGAGCAGCGUGAGUCAGCCCUUCAAAGGAGACUACCUGGAGAUCAACAAGAACCCCAAGUACCAGAAGCUCAGCAUAGCCAUGGAGGACAAGGUUCUGCUGGCGGACGUGGUUAACAAGAUCAACAGAGCAAAUGGAAAGGGAACGGCCCGGCUCUUCCUGCUGACUAAGAACAGCGUGGUCCUGGCCGACCAGAAGACGGGCCAGGUGAAGGCCAGCGUCCCCCUGCCGGACCUCAGCAGCGUGUCGGUCAGCACACAGAGCGACGGCUUCUUCGCUCUCAAGCUCAAAGAGGGCUCAGCCUCGGCUGUCAAAGGCGAUUUCUUACUCAGCAGUGAGCACCUGAUCGAGAUCAUCACCAAAAUGCACCGCAUGGGCACCACGGCCUCCGACCGGGAGCAGCUGGACAUCGACAUCUCAGACGAGUUCCUGGUGCAGUUCAAGCACGACAAAGUGUGCGUGAAGUUCAUCCCGGGAGUCCCCAAGAACGGCAACAGCGUGUCCUGCAAGCGCAAGAACAACCGGCUGCUGGAGGUGUCGGUGCCCUCAACGGCAUAGUGCCCCCCCCCCCCAGCCCAUCAUCCACCUCCUCCCUGCUUCCAGUGCUGCUCCAGAGGGCUCAGACUGGGGGGGGGCGGGGGAGAACGCAGAACCACCACCCACUCCGAAAGAACCAUCACCCCAUUGCCAACCCCUCCCCCCCCACCAAAAAAUGACAGUGCAGUAAUUUGGUUUGUUGUGUUGUUGCUUUCCCCUUCAGUCUCUUCCUAUCAGAUUUACUCUGGCACCACUUUCGCUGUAAUCAUGUUCCACUUUCUUUAGGCAGUGAAAGCCUGUAGCCGGGUUGCAUGCCACAGAAAUUUGGUAUAAAAAAAAAAAUGUUUCACUGGUGUUUUUCUGUAAAACUGGGGUCGAGAGUUGAAGGGAAAAAAAAGAGAGAUCUUGGUGGAGCAGGAGAGACUUCGGUGUCCCAGCGGUGACGUGGAUGAUUGUUCUGCCUGAACGCUGAGUCGCUCUUCAGAGGAACGUGUCAUUGUUAACCGCUCGGCCUGUUUUUUUUUUUAGAGUUUAGCUUCUCUGAUGAUGAAGGUAAAAAAAAUUUAAAUACUGCACUUGUUGUUUUCACCUCGGUGUAACCAAAAGAGGAUGAGCGGGGAAGUGAAUUUGAUUGUAUUGAUGUAUUAUUUUCUAUAUAUAUAUUUUCUCUCUCUCUCUGACAAACAGAAAUAGCACAGUGAGCAGUUGAGAAGUCAGAUGUGAUUUUUUUUUUUUUUUUUUGCUCGAUUAUUGUAAAACCACUUUUUUUUUUUUUGUAUCAACAAUUCCUACGUGCCAUUGAACAGGUCCCACGACUUGUCACGCGUCGGUGUGAAAACCACACAGGUGAUCGACCCCAUUCACUUCCUAGUAUUGAUCCAAUCAAGGCCAAAACCAGUUGAACACGGGGUCGAAUCAAGCUAUGGUGGUGGAUUUAUAUUUGGAUUGCUUUGCUCACGCGAUCAAUCUCCAUCCCCUCUACAAGCACAAGCUUCACUUCACCUGCAGAGUGAUUUCAUAUCCUUCACACUCAGAACUCAAAGAACAUCUGCUCAUUUUUUUGUAUGUGGGAUUCAAUUAAAGAUGCUGAAAAGGGCAAUAUAGACAUUCCAGUGGAAAAUGAAAAAACCCUUGAUACUGAUGUUAUUCUUUUUUUUGUGUGCAAUAAAUUAAAACGCUUUUUACUCAAUUAUUCUCAAAGAGGCAGUAGUGAGAACCCAUAGCAGUCGCCCUCACUGUACCAUAGCUGUACAUAGGCUCUUAAGGUCGUGGCCCCUGGCAUGGACAAAGGGUUUCUCUAGUAUCCUCAUAUUAAUUGCUGUGUUUGUGAAACGGCUGUUUUGUGUUGCUUUUUCCUUCUUCUUGCCGCCGCAAGCUUCACGUGUUGUCGUGCUCGAUUCACUCGGAUGUGUCUUUUCAAGAACCCCCCCCC